AUGCCAUGGUCUCCUCAACUUAAACAAGAUAUAUACCGGAUAAAGAAGAGUGUCAAUAUGGAUAUCAGCAUUGGAGAUUGCACUUGUAGUGAUCCAAACGUAUGCGACGAAGUUUGUACAUGCAGCUGCACAAAUACCUGCAACUGUUCGGAAAAUUGCACAAACAUGCAAUAUUUCCAAGAACAGAAAAAAGUUAAAGUUAUUAUGACUCAACAUUGUGGUUGGGGUGUAGAAGCCGUUGAAUUCAUCAAGAAAGAUGAUUACAUCAUUAAGUAUGUUGGAGAAGUUAUACUUAUCGAUAAUGCUUUACGUGAGAUGAGGUUUAGGGACAUGAAAGCACAAGGUAUAACUAAGUUCUACAUGCUUCAAGUCGGAUCAAACUUUAACAUUGAUGCAAAACUCAAGGGGGAUGAAUCACGUUUGAUAGAUCACUGUUGUGAUCCAAAUUGUAUAAUGGAAAAUUGUGAUGUAAAUGGGGAGACUCGUCUUGGUAUCUUUGCUCUUAGAGCAAUCGAACCUGGAGAAGAGUUAACUCUUGAUUACCGGGACAAAUAUGAGAUGUACGACCGUGAUAGGGUAAAGUGCCGUUGUGGUGCUCCAAAUUGCCGUGGCUAUCUUGGUACUAAAAAAGGCCUAGAAUCGAAGAAAGUUGAUAAGCACGCUAAAGCUUGUGCAGAGAACUAG